GCACAGCGCGAAGUCGUGGCAGCAGCGGCGGGCGAGCCUGGAGAGCGUGUGCGGGUUCGCUCGGCCCCGCUCCCGCCGCCCCCAGCUCGCGCUCUCUCCAAAACAUGGCCGAAACCGGGGGCGGUUUUCUGGAGCAGCUCAAGUUCUGCAUCAUCUGGUCGUGGACGUACUUGUGGACCCUCUGGUUCUGCGCCAUGCUUUUCCUCGUCUACAUCUGGAGGGUGCCUCUAAAGAUCAACGACAACCUGACUACAGUGAGUAUGUUUUUGAACACAUUAACACCCAAAUUCUACGUUGCCUUAACAGGCACUUCCUCGUUAAUCUCAGGGCUUAUUUUGAUAUUUGAAUGGUGGUAUUUUCGGAAAUACGGAACGUCCUUCAUUGAACAAGUCUCUGUGAGUCACUUGCGCCCUCUGCUGGGUGGGGUGGACAACAACUCACCGAGCAAUUCAAAUACAAGCAAUGGGGACUCAGAUUCAAACCGACAGAGUGUUUCAGAAUGCAAAGUCUGGCGAAAUCCCCUAAAUCUGUUUAGAGGAGCUGAAUAUAACCGAUACACCUGGGUGACUGGAAGAGAACCAUUGACAUACUAUGAUAUGAAUCUUUCAGCGCAAGAUCAUCAAACAUUUUUCACAUGUGAUACUGACCAUUUAAGGCCUGCAGAUGCCAUAAUGCAAAAGGCAUGGAGAGAAAGGAACCCUCAGGCCAGAAUUUCUGCAGCCCAUGAAGCCUUAGAGUUAAAUGAGUGUGCCACUGCUUAUAUUCUCUUGGCAGAAGAGGAAGCAACAACAAUUGUGGAAGCAGAAAAACUGUUUAAACAGGCUCUGAAAGCAGGUGAAGGCUGCUACAGGCGUAGCCAACAAUUACAGCACCAUGGUACCCAGUAUGAAGCUCAACACAGACGGGACACUAAUGUAUUAGUCUACAUUAAAAGGAGGCUGGCUAUGUGUGCAAGAAAACUGGGGAGGACCAGGGAAGCUGUGAAAAUGAUGAGAGAUCUGAUGAAAGAAUUCCCUCUUCUUAGUAUGUUCAACAUCCAUGAAAAUUUGCUAGAAGCUUUGCUGGAGUUGCAAGCAUAUGCAGACGUUCAAGCUGUUUUAGCAAAAUAUGAUGAUAUAAGUAUACCAAAAUCAGCAACAAUAUGCUACACAGCUGCCCUUCUCAAAGCUAGAGCUGUCUCUGACAAGUUUUCUCCAGAGGCAGCUUCAAGAAGAGGUCUGAGCACAGCAGAAAUGAAUGCAGUAGAAGCUAUUCACAGAGCAGUAGAAUUUAAUCCACAUGUGCCAAAAUAUCUCCUAGAAAUGAAAAGUUUAAUAUUACCCCCUGAACAUAUUUUGAAGCGAGGCGACAGUGAAGCAAUCGCUUAUGCUUUCUUUCACCUUCAGCACUGGAAAAGAGUCGAGGGGGCACUGAAUCUCUUACAUUGUACGUGGGAAGGCACUUUCAGAAUGAUCCCUUAUCCUUUGGAAAAAGGGCACCUUUUUUAUCCUUAUCCCAUUUGUACAGAAACAGCAGAUAGAGAACUUCUUCCAUCAUUUCAUGAAGUCUCUGUCUACCCCAAGAAAGAGCUUCCAUUCUUUAUUCUGUUCACUGCUGGACUAUGUUCAUUCACGGCUAUGUUGGCCCUUCUGACACAUCAGUUCCCAGAGCUAAUGGGAGUUUUUGCAAAAGCAGUGAGUAGCAUCUCCUCCUGCUUGCUCACUUUGGGGCAGAUCAAGGGGUGGGGUGAGUAAAUGAAUGAAUCAAAUGGGGCAACAGUUUUUAAUCAGCCAGCACAACAGCAGUGGUUUUUUCUUUGCCAUGUGGCAGCUGUCCUUUACCAGUCAUCAUUUGUCACUGUAUUUGGAAAUGAGUUAGGGGCACAUAGUUUGAUUUGGAAUGUCACUAAGCUGCUACCGGUGGUCUUCCAAUGGGAGAACACGUCAUUUCAUAUGAAAUGAAUAAAAAUAUAUGGUUAAUUCAAAGAAACACUCUCACUUUUUAAAUGUGUCUUAGGACAAGAGCACUUAAAAUGCACAUCCACACAUGUGCAGAAUAGUUGAGAUCCCAUAUUAAUCUGUUAUUACAAUGUUUAUAACUGUCAUGUCAACAGUUCUCAAGGUGAGAUUUAUUGUAUUUAUUUAUUAUUGUAUUUAAUUUGAUUUCCAGGUCAGCCAAGUCAACAAAUCUGAGCAGCUUACAGUUUUUUUUUCUUCCUAGCGUUUUUCCCGCAUG